AUGGUUACGAAUACGAUCGCCUUGAGAGACGUGCUAAAAGCUACCGCGGCCGCCACGAGAUUUGGAAGUCGCCGUCCGAGAGAGUUUUUCCGUACGACAAGGAGUUCCAGUUCCAGCACGUUGGGAUGCAUAGAAUCUCGAACCCUGAGGGAUAUUUACAAAAAAAACUUUUUGGCGCGGACGUAUGCGGAGACGUACGGUCGUCUCGCAGGGGAGGUGACUACAUUCCAACUAGAAGAACUUCACAGCAUUUUUAUAUCAGGUCUAGCUCACGGGGGGACUCUUUUGGAAGUGGGCAGCGGUCCUUUGGUCUGGUGCUCACUCUUGGCCUCCAGUCGAUUCAAGCACAUCGUGCUGAGCGACUUAGUCGAAGGAAAUAGGCUCCAAAUCGAAAAAUGGCUCGACAAGGAUAAAGAUGCCGUAGACUGGACCUUCCGUGCAGAGCAAGUUGCUGCCUUGGAGGGAUAUAGCGACAUCAAGCAAGGGGCGUUAGAAAUACAGAAGCGUACAAGGUCCUCCAUCCGCAAGGUGAUUCCCUGUGACGUCCUGGAACCCGGAGUCCUGCCCGAGGAACAUAGAGAAACCUUCGACGUCGUUCUUUCCUGCAAUUGCCUGGAAUCGGCCACAACAGACCACGAGUGUUUCCAAAGCGCGGUUUGCAACGUGGGAACACUCGCGAAGCCCGGCGGUCUGUUUGUCCUCAUGGGCGUGGGUGGUCCGAAAAGCUAUCCCGCGGGAACUGCUGACUUUAAUCAGGCGUAUGUCACUGAAGAUGUGAUCAAGCGAGCCGUGACAGAUGCAGGCUUUCAAAUGGGACUAUACAGAACUAAAAACAUUCAGGUUGAUUCUGAGAUUCCUGAUAUGUUCACGUUUGUACUGGCAGCUCGCCAACACUGA